AGUCAAACGCACUUGUUUCUCUGGAUUGGUGGCUCGCGUUGGACGUCUGGGGGCCAGCGGCUUUAAAACAUCAUGGUACGUAUGGCCCUUACUUACGGAACCAUAACCAGCUCUACGGAGACCGGCAGAGAUCUCACUUCACCCCUAAUAUGCCUGGUCCUGGACACGGCAACUCCAUCAACUUUGGAGCUCAUGGCUUUAAUCACAGGUUUUACAGCUAUCAUCAUCGCAACCCUCAUCAGCACCAUCACCAGCGGCCGCCCUGGAAAGGGCCGCCCUUUAUCUACCACCGUCCUGCCUUACCUGUCCAGCCCAUCUCACCUGUCCAUCCUGUCCGGUCAGUUGUGCCCACACCUCCCAAAAUUCUGGUGGUGCUACCUGUCCCUACAGUGCCCAUGCCACUCACCAAGGUAGCCACCCUACCCCCGCCACCUCCAACACAGACUUCAACCACUACAACCACAGCAACCACAACAACCACAGCAAUCACAACAACCACGACAACCACUCCAGAGCCAGUCAGUACCCCUCAUGGCACACCUGCCCCUGCCGAACCUUCCACUGACCCAGCUCCAGCAGAGCUCUGCAAGAGUCGUCCUCUAGACCUGGUUUUUAUCAUUGACAGUUCUCGUAGCGUCCGACCUGCAGAGUUCGAAAAGGUCAAAAUAUUCCUCUCUGAAAUGGUUGAUUCUCUUGAUAUCGGAUCCGAUGCCACACGAGUCGCCCUGGUCAACUACGCCAGCACUGUCAACAUUGAGUUCCUUCUGAAAAAGUACUUCAGUAAGGCCGAGGUCAAGCAGGCCUUCUCCCGUAUUGAUCCGCUCUCAACAGGAACUAUGACUGGCCUGGCUAUCAAAACCGCCAUGGAGCAGGUUUUUACAGAGAGCGCUGGGGCCCGGCCACUAAAAAAGAACAUCGGUAAGGUGGCCAUCAUUGUGACUGAUGGAAGGCCGCAAGAUAAAGUUGAAGAGGUGGCAGCAGCAGCAAGGGCUUUUGGAAUUGAAAUAUAUGCUGUCGGAGUGGACAGAGCAGAUAUGCGGUCUCUCAAACAGAUGGCCAGUCAGCCUCUGGAUGACCAUGUGUUCUAUGUGGAGACAUACGGAGUGAUCGAGAAACUAACAUCUAAGUUCAGGGAGACACUCUGUGCUGAUUUUGCAGGUUUCGAUGCUUGUGCGCUUGGACACAACUGCCAACAUAUUUGUGUCAACAACAACGCCUCUUAUUUCUGCGAGUGCAGAGAGGGAUAUGUUAUCAACUCUGACAAGAAAACGUGCUCUAAGCAGACCAAUGGUUUGUCAUAA